GGAGAGAAGACAGGGGUGAGAAAAAAGAUGCCUGUGGGCCAUCAUGAGCAUUGCAUCACGUGUUACAGUGUCCACUGCCAAGUCCCUGUGCAGAUCUCCGUCUCAUGCAUAGUCGUCAAGUGUCGUCACAACUGUGGCGCCACUUUCCAUAUGUGCAAGCAAGAGGAGCACCAUCUUCUCUGUCCCAACGAGACCGUCCCCUGCCUCAAUGUCGAGUUCGGGUGUCCUUUUACCCUGGUGCGCCACAGGAUGGCCAAACACCUGGAGGUGUGUCCUGCCAGCGUGGUCUGCUGCUCUCAGGAGUGGAACCGCUGGCCUGUUUCAGAAACGGAUUUGGCCUUCUACAAAAGUCUUUCGGAAAGCCCUCAAACUGAGGUCAACCUGGAUGUUGCCCUGGCUCUGAGGGACCAAGAGCUGCUGUUUCGAUCCAUCAAAAUGAAGAACAUCUUCCCUGAGUUGAUGGUGGGGGAUUCUGCCCCUCAGAAUGGAUCUGCAGAUGAACCAACCUCGUCUUUAGAGUAUGUAGCAUUUUUAGAAAAUGACUGCGAGACGAUCGAGGGAAGAAGAACGAGUCAAGACGAGAGGGAGGCUUUGGCAAAGAGCAGGGAUGUGGAUGACAUACAGAACUAUAGCCCUUGGGAGAAAAUAUUCAACAAAGAGAUGGAGGGAUGUAAGCAAACAGUGAAAAAUCUGAACAAGAAUGAGGAAAAGGCAAAAGAGGAGCAAGAAUCAUCAAACCGCCCGGCGGAGACAAGCGACUCCCGCCAGAGCCGAGAGAACACUGCUGACCCUACAAGAACGUACGCAACUGACCUUGCGCCGUGGCAAGACGGGGUUCUCCAGAGGUUGAGCAGUGAAGUCAACAUUGCUGAGUACAACAUGUACAUGGCGCACAACGGGGCAAUGUUGAUCAACUUUGGCCAACUUUCUGCUUGCACCCCAAGAGAAAGGGAUUUUGUUUAUGGGAGUCUGGAGCCAAUUGAGGUUCAAACCAUCCGCUCAUUUAUUGCUCCGACUAGCUAUCGGGCAAAGCGCAAUUACCUGAAGGAUCGGAAGGUAAAGACCAAUGUCAGCGUUGACACGGCAGAUUUGGGUGUACUGGUCGAGGAUCUCCCAAAGUGCGACGAGGUCAGCGCCACACUCCUGCUCUCCCUGGAAAGGGAACUGAGAGGACAUUUAAUCUCAGAGAGUGCGGGGAGGGAUGGUCUUUACGUAGAUAUAGGGACUCAAACAUACAACUUUGCCUGCGCGCCGUUUCAGACAGAAGCGACGCUAGCGGAUGUCAUCUCCAACCAACCCCGCGGCCUUCACGUGCAGGUGGAAGCGGAGUCUGUCACCAGAAGACACAACAGAUCGAGUUCAGCCUUCAGCCACAUGUGUGGCCUCUUCUUUCGGCGAGACGAAUACCGCUCUCAUUUCAGGAACGUGCACUGUGACAUACAGGCGUCUCUGAGCGGCUGGUUCCAACAACGCUGCCCUUUGGCGUACCUCGGUUGCGCAUUCGCCCAGACAAGACUUCACCCGGCAGGUCAUCGAGCCAACGUCAAAUUUUGCCAAAAUGUCAGCGCCUUUGUCCUCGAGCCAGAAGUCCCUUCACUCCUGCGUGAAGGCGGGGAAACCUUCAGCCCGAAGACAAGUGGCGCACAUAAUCUGGAUGCCCUAAGUGGAUUGCCCCUGGAGAUCCUUCAGCACCUUGCUGCCUACCUUGACAGUUUCACAUUAUCUCAACUGUCCCAAGUGUCCCAUCUCAUGAGAGAAGUGUGUGCCACAUUGUUGCCGGAAAGAGGGAUGGUCUCUCUCAAGUGGAAGAAAAAGACAUAUUCCCAUGGGGGAAGCUCCUGGAAAUGUCGAAAGAAAGUUUGGGAGUUCAGCUCUAUGUUUUCCUCUGUGGAAAAAUGGAACCUCAGCUGCAGUCCUCCCAUGUCAGAUCACCUGAAGACCUGCUCCUUCUACCAGAGAGAGAAGCACACUGAGCCGGUGGCUUUACCCUGCCUAGGAGAGGUCAGAGACAAACGCGGAGGAAUCAAGUGCAAAAGAUAACGCUCAGGAUCCCAGAGCUCGCUGGGCCGACUGCAAAGUGUGAUGAGAGUCAUUUUGGAUUCGGACCUGAAGCCCUGCUGACAUACACUGAACAUAGGAAGAUUUUCUUUGGCAUUAACUGCAAGACAAGUUUAAUGAUUUAUUUAACCUCUAUUAUCGAGUCAUGGCUCCUCAAAUAAUGUCUGUUAGUAAGAAAUGCUUGAAGAUGGUUCUAUUUAUGCUGUGUUAUUAAGAAUGCAACUUAAAGAAAAUCCAUCUGUGAAUACAUAACAUUGCAAAAAGAUUGUUAUUGUGUUAUGAGACGGGUCCUCAUAUUCAGUUGAGUCAUAAGUGUCCUGCUUACAAGUGUUGUUUGAUCCAUCUUGUUUCAUUGUUGUGGUGAGCAGCAUCAUUUCAAAGAAUGAGGGCAGCAGAUGUUGCUGUUAUUGCUUUCUUUAGAAUGACGAGACUGACAUCUACUGGAGAGGAGCUGAAGUACAUCAUUGGUGUGGCGUGGAAACAUCACAGAAACAGGAUAUGUCCUAUUAUGCCUUAUUUGAUAAAGUACAGCAGCACACGAGGACACAACCCCUUUGUUUUAACAAAGACUAUCCUUAAGGAGAAAGAGAGAAAUAAUAGAUAGUA